AUCCACCACCACCUUGCACAGCUGGCUUGGACGUGGAGAAGGCCACCAUGGGGCUGCUCUGCAGUAAGGCACAGACAGAAUCCUCUCCAUGCAACUUGCUCACUGUAAAAGUCAUCCGGAUGAAAAAUGCCAGGAAAGCAGAUUUGUUAUCCCAGUCAGACCUCUACGUGAGCCUGAGCCUCCCAACAGCCUCGGUGCAGCAUUUCCGCACCCAAACGGUCCAGAACACCAAGAACCCCACGUGGAAUGAAACUUUCCACUUCACAGUUCAGAGUCAGGUUAAGAACAUUCUGGAGCUGAAAGUUUGUGAUGAGGACAAUGUGACUCAAGAUGACCAUCUCCUCACUGUCUUCUUUGAUGUUUCCAAAAUCCAGCUUGGGGAAAACAUUAAGCUGUGUUUUCAGCUGAAUCCUCAGGGAAAAGAGGAGCUGGAGGUGGAAUUCACAAUGGAGAGCAGUCCGGAUCCUCCCGAAAUCAUCACUACUAAUGGAGUUUUAGUGUCUCGUGAAGUUGCCUGUUUGGAAGUGCAGGUGAAUGGUGGGAGGCUGAGGAGGGACAAUACAGAAAGGAAGUUUGCGUUGACUGUGGAUGGGUCAUUUGAAGGAACCCAAACCCACACACUGAGCUCCUGCAUCUGUCCAACCUCCCCAGCUAGGUUCCACUACAUCAAGUACAAUCAGUCAGCUCUCACCGUGGCUCUGCCACAGCGGAGGACGCUCAGCAGGUCUCUAUCGGGUCAAAAUGAAAUAAAUAUGGAUGAGUCUGUGACUCUGCCUCUGAACUUGCUUCCUAUACAAGAGAAAAUAACCAUAGCAGAGGACAGGACAAUUGACUUGUACACAAAGGCAAAUGAAUGGACUCAGGGUAUGUGUUUCAGGCCAAGAAGCCUUGACACCCGCCUGGGGUUUGACCUGUGCAUUGAUGAGCAGAAUUUCCUGCAGAACAGGAAGAAAGUGGUUGCUGCUGCACUGAAGGAGGUUCUUCAUCUAGGCGAAGAUCUGCAAGACCAUGAGGUGCCUAUAGUGGCUGUGACCACAACGGGAUGUGGGAUAAGAGCACUGACUGCCAUGUAUGGCAGCAUUUUGGGUCUUCAAAAGUUGCGUCUUCUGGAUUGCAUUUCGUACAUCAGUGGCUCAUCUGGCACAACUUGGACAAUGACAAAACUGUAUGAAGAUGCUGAGUGGUCACGUAACGAUCUUGGAGAAAUAAUUAUCGAAGCUCGGAAGCAAGCAGCCAAGUGCAAGAAGGGGGCUUUUUCCUUAAGAAGUCUGAGAAAUUAUUACAGAGAGCUGAGCCAAAGGACCCAAGCAGGACAUAAAACAUCUUUUAUUGAUCUCUGGGGGCUCAUGAUUGAAUCCAUGUUAAAUGAUGGGAAAUGCCACCACAGACUUUCUGAUCAACGUCGAUCAGUGAAUCGGGGUCAGAACCCACUGCCCAUCUACCUUGCCCUCAAUGUCAAGGACAAAGUUGCCACCAAGGAUUUUAGAGAGUGGGUGGAGUUCACCCCCUAUGAGGUGGGGUUCCUGAAGUACGGAGCCUUCAUCCGUUCAGAGAAUUUUGGAAGUGAGUUCUUCAUGGGUCGCCUGAUGAAGAAGCUCCCUGAGUCCCGGAUCUGCUUCAUGCAAGGAAUGUGGAGUAGUAUCUUCUCCAAAAACCUCUUGGAUGCCUGGCAUGCAGCUGACAAUUCAGAGGACUUCUGGCACAGGUGGACUCAAGACAGAGUGACCGAAAUAGAGGAAGAAUCCGACUUGCCGGAGAAGCCUCACGAGAUGCCCACGUGCAUGUCCACCCCUACCAGCAGCAUCUCCACGGCUCUCCGGGAUAUCCUGACGGAUCGCCCUGCUGUCUCCAAGUACCACAGCUUCCUGAGGGGCUUCCAGAUGCACAACGAGUACAUCCAGCAGGGGCAUUUCACAAAAUGGAAAGACACUUCCCUAGACGCCUCUCCUAAUGAGCUGAGAAACAACUCAGAGCAUCUGGAGAUGGUGGAUGCAGCUUUUUUCUUUGAAACCAGCUGCCCACCCCUUAUGAGACCAGAGCGGAAAGUGGACGUCAUCAUACACUUAAAUUACACUGGUGGAUCACAGAUCUUGCCCCUGAAGCAGGCUGCCAGAUACUUCUCACAACAGGAAAUUCCAUUUCCCAGCAUUGGACUGAAGGAUGAUGAGAAGAACCUGGAAGAGUGCUACGUGUUUGAUGGCACAGACACCCCAGGAGCUCCUGUGCUGCUUUAUUUUCCAUUAGUGAAUGAUACUUUCCAAAAAUAUGUAGAGCCUGGCAUGGCACGUAGUGCAGAUGAAAUGGAGCAGGGCAAGGUUGAUAUCUCCGGUUUCUACUCCCCGUACUCAACGAAGGAAGUGUCACUGAAAGCUGAAGAUUUCAACAAGCUCCUGAAGCUGACAAACUACAACAUCAUGAACAAUGAGAACAAGAUUCUCUACGCUUUGCGCACGGCUGUGGCACGGAAGAAGCAAGCUCUGAGCCAGCCAGCAUGA